UCUCAACUCCCCUCUAUAUAGUCAAAAAGCUUAUAAAAUCCCACAUCAUAUGCUCAAAACGGCCGGCUUAUCUCUUUCUAUUUCUCUCUUAAAAACUUGAACAAAAAAAAAGAAUAUAUAUAUAGACACAAAAAUAUAUAGAUAGAUAUGGGAAGGUCUCCUUGCUGUGAAAAAGCACAUACAAACAAAGGGGCAUGGACUAAAGAAGAAGAUGAUCGUCUUAUAACUUACAUCAGAGCUCACGGUGAAGGCUGCUGGCGCUCACUGCCUAAAGCCGCCGGUCUUCUCCGCUGCGGUAAAAGCUGCCGUCUCCGCUGGAUUAAUUACCUCCGCCCUGAUCUUAAACGUGGCAACUUCACUGAAGAUGAAGAUGAACUUAUUAUCAAACUCCAUAGCCUCCUUGGCAACAAGUGGUCUUUAAUUGCCGGAAGAUUACCGGGAAGGACAGAUAACGAAAUAAAAAAUUACUGGAAUACACAUAUCAGAAGAAAGCUUUUAAACCGUGGAAUUGAUCCGGCAACUCACCGGCCGGUAACCGAUAACACCAACAUUCCCACCACCACCGCUACAACCACUGUCUCCGCCGCCAAUUCUUCACCGGAAACCACCACCAUCUCCUUUUCAACCCCACCUCACAAUCUUAUCAAAUCCGAAGAACUAAUAGAAAACGAUAUCAAGAUAAGUAUCCAUCACAAUUCUCUCGACCACCGGAAAAUCAAGAUUCACUCGCCGGAAAAUCAAGAAAGAUGUCCGGACUUAAAUUUGGAGUUGCAAAUAGGCCCACCCCUUCAUCAUCAUAAAAACGACAGCGUAUCGUCAUAUAUGACUGGAGGGAGUACUAUAUGUUUUGCUUGCAGUCUGGGUGUACAAAACAGUAAAGAAUGCAGUUGUACAAGUAUUGGUUUAAAUGGUACAAGUGGUAACAGCACUGCUUAUGAUUUCUUGGGUUUGAAAAAUGGUGUUUUGGACUAUAGAAGUUUGGAGAUGAAAUGAAAUAAUUUUCAAGUUCUUAAUUGGGUAAA